AUGGAAAAGUCUCCACCAAUCGAUGAAGUCAUCCAAACAGGCGUAGUACCAAUAUUUGUAGAAUUUCUUCAACGUGUUGAUAUUCCAGCCCUUCAAUUCGAAGCAGCUUGGGCUCUCACCAAUAUUGCAUCAGGAACAUCCGAACACACAGAAACGGUUAUUAGAAGUAAUGCCGUUCCUGUAUUCAUCCAACUGUUAGGAAGUCCUAAUGAAGACGUCAGAGAACAAUCUAUUUGGGCACUAGGAAACAUUGCUGGUGAUUCCGCUCGAUGCAGAGAUUAUGUCUUGCAAAUGGGCGUUAUGGUUCCAUUGUUGAAUAUUAUUGCGGAACAACCAAAGGUUACUAUUUUGCGAAACGCUACAUGGACUGUAUCCAAUCUAUGCAGAGGAAAGCCAAUCCCAGAGUUCUCGCUUGUUGCUCCUGCACUUCCAACCCUCUCUACACUUUUAUACAAUUCUGAUGAAGAAGUAUUAACCGAUGCUUGUUGGGCAAUUUCGUAUUUAUCUGACGGACCUAAUCAUAGAAUUCAGGCCGUUAUUGAACAUAAUGUAGUCAGAAGACUUGUUGAAUUAUUACUUCAUCAUCAACCAUCUGUCCAAACUCCUGCUUUGAGAACUAUUGGUAAUAUUGUUACCGGAAAUGAUAGUCAAACACAAGUUGUCAUUAAUUGCAACGCAUUAGCACCCCUCUGCCAACUUCUCCAACAUCCAAAGAAGAGUAUUAAGAAGGAAGCUUGUUGGACAAUUUCAAACAUCACAGCUGGUAACAAAGACCAAAUUCAAAGCGUUAUUGACGCAAAUAUUAUUCCUCCAUUGAUUCAUAUCAUGGAACAACCUGGAGACUUUGAUGUAAAGAAGGAAGCUGCUUGGGCAAUUUCGAACGCAACAUCAGGAGGUACAGACGAACAAAUCCGAUAUUUAGUUGAUAGAGGAUGUAUUAGACCAUUAUGUGACUUGCUUUCUGUUAAAGACGUAAAGGUUGUUAGUGUUGCUUUGGAAGGACUAGAAAAUAUUUUACAAUCAGGCGCUGCAAUGGCUGAAUAUACCGAUGGAAUUAACUUGUAUGCAGACUUUAUUGAAGAAGCUGGAGGUGUUGACAAAUUGGAAGCUCUCACCGAUCACCAAAGUAAGGAAAUUUAUACAAAGGCAUACAAAAUUGUGGAAGAUUACUUUGGAAUUGAAGAUGAUGAAGAAGAUGUUGAACCAACAGUCGUGCAAAACAACCAAUUCACAUUUUCAGGUGUCCAAACUCCAAGCAAUUUCCAAUUCCAAUAG